UGUUUCAGUAGUACGUAAAUAAAUUACCUGUUUUGGUUAUGUUUACAUGAAGCUGUCAUUUGUUCCUACGUGCUUUAUCCAAAUUAAUAAUUGAUUGUUAUUUCUAUAAUAAUUUAAACUGCAGUUGUUCUCAAGGACAUGGAAGAACUCCGUCUUUUGGUUCAGGAAGAGGGCAGAGAGGCCAGAAACUUGAUUGCUUUCAAUGUGCCGGUGGACACAACGGGGUGUGAUUCAGGAGCAAAACUGCUGGCCCGCAAGCCCCCCACGUCCCCGCGCUCGUAUGGGGAUGCGCCCGGAGACGCGGAGCUGCAGAAAGCCAGCAAGCGAGCCAGCGACGUCCUGAAGCCUGGCUCCCGAGUGCGCUCGGCGUCCACCGGUCGGGACAAGAAGUCAGAACUACAAGCUAGACACUGGGCCUUCUUGUUUGGAAAUUUACAAAGAGCAAUGGAUGAAAUCUAUAAAACUUGCGAAGCAGAUGAAAGUGUAUCUGAGUGUAAGGAGGUGAUCCUUGUGCUGGAGAACUACACCAGGGACUUCCACAGCCUGAUCGAGUGGUUCCGGCUGAAGUGGGAGUACGAGCACACGCCCCCUCCGCAGCGACCCCACUCCCUGGCCUGGGAGGUCAGGAAGUCAUCGCCCGGCAAGGUCCUGAGUGUUCGUUUAAAAAAUCCAGCUGCCCAAUCCAAAGACAAGGAAGUACCUGGCAGCACAGAAGAGACUUCAAAUGAAGGUUUGAAAGCUAGUCACAGUGAAGUAGUUGAAAAUAAACCUAAAAGCAAAGUUUCUGAGACGGACAGUGUCAUUGUGAGGAAGGGCGCUGAAGAAAACACAGUGGGUGCUGUUUCCACCGAGAAUGUCGAUUCUCCGCCGGCGCCUGACUCAGGAACGCUGCCCGAUACAAGAACAGUGUGCGAGUCACUCGAGGAAGCGGUUCCCCACGAUGGUUGUGGUGUGGAAGGAUCUGAGAUGAGCGCAGACAGUGUGGCCAUUAAAGUGGAAUCAGAUGCCGGUAAAGAUCUGAGCGAUGUUCUGGAAGCAGUGCCUGGUGCCCACAAUCGUAAAGAGACAUCGGGAGAUGACGGGACCGUCGAAGCAAGUCGUACGGAUGCGAGCACCAGCGUGGAUGUCAACCUGGUGUUGAACGUGGAAGUGGUCGGUGUGGUAGAGUGCAGAGAGCAGCCAACCGGAGAAGCAGGGCUGCCGAUGGUGCACCAGGCGUCGCAGACCGACCUGGAGCAGUGCAUCGAGGACUCCGAGGGUCUGAAGUUCAUCCCGAUGCCACAGCCGGAGCCCUCGCCCGUGGCCGCCGCCCCCCGCCCCGUGCCCCCUCCCCGUACCCAGGCCCGCGUGGCCCCCGUGCCUGCCCGGCCCGCCACGGCCCGGCCCGCGUACUCUGCCGUGUCCCGGCUGUCGGGGUCCGCGCCACGUCCCGUCGCUGCCAGUCCGAGGCUCGUGCGCAGCCGCACCGAGGUCAGGCCGGUCUCCAGGACCCCGCUGGUGCGCCGGCCGGGGGCCGAGCCCGCCGUCGCUCCUCCCAGGGUGCAGAGGCCGAUCCUCACACCUCGGCAGAAUCGUGUGCCUAGCAACACCGGAGUUGCAUCUGUACCCAGCACUGGGUUGGGAUUAGGUCGCUGUGCCAACACUCAUUUUACCCAGCAGCGACCGCAAGCGGGGUCGGGGUCCACGCCGGCGGCCAGAGACAAGCCCUCGGCGGUCGCUGCUCCCAAGCUGGACCGCCGGAACAGCUCCAACUCGUCGCUGAACAGCUCCGCCUCGUCGCAGCGCAGCUGGGCCGACAAGGUGAAGGGCUCGGAGGUCGCCAAGACGGCGGUGUCCGUGGAGGUGUUGCCGCGGACCGGGACCAGCAACGACGACGACGACUCCCAAGGCUGGGAGACGGUGAAGGGGCGGUCCAGGUCGCGGAUGUCUCCCGCGAACAAGGGGAAGUCCUCGGAGGGCAGCCUGUCCGGCAGCUGCGGCAGCGUGAAGGGCCGGGCGGCGCGCCCGCUGUCGAGCGCCCAGCUGAGGUUCCACCGGCCGAGCGCCACCGUGUCGCUGCCGGCGCUGAACCUGCGCGAGGUGGAGCUGCGACCGCCGGCGCACGCGCGCGAGAAGAAGUCCACCAACACCGCCAAGCAGAAGAGCGACCUCAAGGAGAGCAAGAUGACCGGUCAGACCGGGAGGCCGGGCGGGACCAACCUCAGGCCCAAGAAGUCCAAGGAGAAGAUUCUGAACGACGAGAACAAAGAAAACAAGAUCUGUGAACUGGUUGGCAGCCGUGAUGAAAACAAGGAGCCGGUCCCUGGUCCACUAAUAAUAGAGGCAGAAAGUGACAAACUGCACGUGGAGACAUCUGAGAAAUUGAAGGAAAGCGAAGAUGAUUUCAAGGAUGUUCCUGAAAGUGUUUCAUUGGAGGAAAAACUGAAUGAUCUUGAAAGCCUGAAGGGACUGGAGGCUGACGAGAGCGGGGUGGAGGAGGCGGACAAGCUGGACGACAUCCUGGAGGAGAAGGGCUUGCUGAACGAGGACGAGCUGCGCGUGAACAACGAGCUGUGCGCGCAGGUGGCCAUGCUGCGCAAGGAGAUCCACGACUUGCAGACCGCCGAGAUGGAGAUGGACACGGAGACGGAUGAAACGGAAACAGACGGGGAGAUAACGGCAGGAGGGGACGAGGAUGGAGACAUGCAGAGGAGGCCGCGGCCAGUCAUGGACGACGACUCUAUUGACAUGAUACUGGAGGAGCGCUACGAGAAUGCCUUAGAAGGCAUGUCGUGGGGCGAGCAGAUGGACACGCUGGCCCAGCUGAAGGAGCUGGAGGCCCGGCACCCCGGCCGGGCCCUCGAGCUGCACCAGAAGCUGUCGUCGCCGUCGCGUCGCCGCACCCUGCUGGAGACGGUGCGUCGCCUCAACGUGAAGCAGGCCAAGGCCCAGGAGAAGCGCGACCGCCUGCUGCAGGAGAAGACCAGCCGCCUGCGCGACCUCCUCAACAAGGUGGAGGAGGUGAAGGCGCUGCAGGCACAGUCGAUCGAGGAGAAGCGCGCGCGCCUGGAGAUGAAGCUGAAGAGGGCGGAGGUGAACCGCAGGAUGCACCUGAAAGGCAUCGUGCGCAAGGCCCACGACGAGGAGGAGAAGCUCAAGGAGAUAGCGUUCAUCAACGAGCUCGAGGCGCAGAACAAAAGGCACGACUUCAUGGCUCUGUGCCAGGAACAAGAAGAGAGGCUGCAGGGGAUUCAGGAGGAACGACAGCGCAAGCAGGAGGAGAAAGCAGCGAAAGAAGCAGCAGCAGAAGAGCGACGUAGGGUGCUGGAGGCAGAGAGGCAGGAACGGCUGGAGAAGCUGCAAGAGGAGCGCCGCAAGCGAGAGGAGCGAGUGGGCCGCAAGCAGCAGGAGAAGGAGAUGGAGCGGCAGACUUUGGCCAGGGAGAAAGCCAAGGACCGAGAGACGAGACUGUCGGCGCUGAACGCAGCGAAAAUAGCCAACCUGGAGGAGCUGCAGAAGAAGAUCCAGCAGAAGCAAGAGGACUCGGCCCGCCGCCACGAGGAGAACAUAGAGCACAUCCGGCACCGGGCUCUCGAGUCCAGCAUCUGCCGCUGCAGCAGUGACGACGAGGCUCCCCGCCUCGUCCCCUACGAGACCAAGAAGCUGUGCGAGCUGUGCAACGUGUUGAUUGGCUCUGAAGUCUAUCUACUCAGCCACCUCAGAGGCCCGAAGCAUCAGGAUGCUGUUGCUCGUCACAAUGAAGGCAUCAUGCCCUCAAAAGAGGAUUUGAUCUCAUACAAUAUAAAGUUCAUUGUCGAUGCCCCAGCUGAUAAAAUCGACCCGAAAAUUGCACUUGACAAAGAGCGGCAGAAGGCUUUGAAGAAACGGUGCAAAAAGUUGCGCUUGAGGAUGGCAGCGAGGGGUCAGGAGUUUGAGUCCAAGCUGGAAGCACCACCUGAGACGGAGUCUCCGAACAGAGGGAGGAUCCAGAAGUGUGUCAGAGAUGUGGAGAAGCUGCAUAGCUCUCAGGGGAAAGGCCAGUGGCCGAACAACGCCAUAACAGCGUUGGAACGGGCGCUGGGAGAGAUCAACAGGAUUCUCAGCAAACAGAAUGCUUUGGAUCAAGCUACAUUCAAGGCUCUGAAUGGCUUCACUGCUGUGACAAACAUUCUGAGUUUGGACUUGGAUGUGCCUCAGAAUGUGUCAUCAUACAUUCCUCAAAAGUGCUUCGUGACCGCAUGCACGACCUACAGCUCCGCCUGUCGCAACAACCCGGCCAACUGUCGCUACGUGGUGAUGAGCAACAAGCUGACCAUUGUGAUGGACUUGCUGCUGCGCAGGCUCACGGAGCUGAUCCCCGACAAGGGCAGCCUGCUGUCGGCCGCCGCCAGCUCCAGGUCGUCUGCGUCGCUGCCCGUCGACCUCGUCGCAGGAGCGCUGAUGAGGCUGCUGGCGCAGGUGCUGGAGCAUGCUGGCGAGGGCGAGCACGGCUGCAAGGACGAGGUGUCGUGUCGCCUGCAGGACGUCAUCAGCUACGCGGUGAGCGUGGGCAUCGUGGACAAGAUGGCGCUGUACUGCGGCGGCGUGAGGGACCCCGUGGAUGAGGACCCGCAGGCCAGCCACUUCCUGCUGGGCGGCAUCGGGCUGCUGACGGUGCUGGCCGCCAGGUGCGGCGGGAACGCGCGCCGCGGCGCCGACGACCCCACGCAGCUGGCGGCCACGCUGCAGGUGACGGAGCUGGUGGGCGCCGCCUCCAUGCUGUACGGCGUGCUGCUGCACCAGGGCGCGCCUGACCGCGGCGCCGUCUCGCCGCCCCCCUCGCUGCCGCCCCACACGGUCAGCGUGGCGCUGGCCACGGUGCGCCUGCUGGUGCGCGUGGCGCAGCUCGACCUGCCCAUGUUCCAGAGCGUGCUGGGCGCGGAGGGCAUCUCGCUGCAGUUCCGCCACAUCGCGAGCUACCUGCUGUGGUACUGCUGCGCGCACGACGACGAGAUGGCCCUGCUGCACGAGGUCAUCCGCGUCGUGGGCUACUUCACCGUCAACAACCACGACAACCAGAUGAUGAUCCAGUCGGGCUACAUGCCCACCGUGCUGCAGCAGCUGUGCAACCUGCCGUUCCCGUACUUCAGCCAGCCGGAGCUGUCGGCGCUGCUGUUCCCCACGCUGCUGGCGUGCUGCUGCGGCAACCACGAGAACCGGGCGAUCCUGGAGCAGGAGGUCAGCUACCAGCUGCUGCUGGACUUCCGCGGCUCGGAGCAGGGCAAGGCGAACCACCUGGUGCGCAUCCUGGGCGACAAGAACAGCUCGUGAGCGCGCUGCGCCUCUCGGCACUUUCCGUCGUGCGAGUCUCGAAGUACGGAGCAUCUGUUUGUUGCUGAUUGGAUGGCAUUUUUCCUCAUUUGUUAUUGUAUUUAAAGUAUAUCUUGUAUACCAGUUCUUAUGUGGGAGUUUGAGGAAGUAUAAAUGUAAAAUGAAAAAUAAGAAGUGUCUUAGGAAUUGCUAAUUGGAUUUCAUUUUCCCUCUUUGUUAUUGUAUUUAAAGUAUAUCUUGUAUACCAGUUCUUAUGUGGGAGUUUGAGGAAAUAUAAAUGUAAAGUGAAAAAUAAGAAGUGUCUUAGAAUUAUCUUUUCUACAAGAUUUAAUAACAACAAAAAUGUUUUUCAUUAAAAAAUAAAAUUAUGUUAGUGCAUUUUUUCCGAGUAGAAUAUGUUAUGUGAUUAAUUUUUUUAAGUAAACUAUUUAAUAUUUAACCAAAGAUACUCUUAAUUAGCAUAAUUGAACUGACUAGUACUUACACUUCUUUAAGAAAGUAAUUUGAUAAUUUUUGUUACAGCUUAUUGGGAAAAUAUAUAUUGUUUAUCUUAUGUUUAUCACCGCUGUUUAGGCGUGUAAAAUAUUUGUUAAUUUAAAAAAUAUGUAUACUUAUUUUAUUUUAUCUUUGUGCUUAUAAGCUCGUAGAAAAAACCUAUCUUUGUGCUUAUAAGCUCAUAGAAAAAACCUAGUAUUAAUAAUACAUGGUUUAUCUGUACUUAAAGCAUAUUUGGUUAACAAAUACAUACUCCUGUAACUGUAAAAAAUAUUUCAUUUUUUGUAUUAAAGACUGAAAUAAAGGCAUUUUGAAAUUUGUU